AUGGCUCCCUCGACGGAUCGUGUUGCUUCCCAUGGUCGUGGUGGCGCCGGCAACAUUGGCAAGGACGACCCCACCGCCCACACGAACCCCCAAGAUCUGAUUACGCCCACCCUAAAGUCGGACCACUAUACCACCGGUCGAGGCGGCUCGGGCAACAUGGCGAAGAACGAUCCGAACCAUCCAGAGAUCGCUCGUGCCAGCCAGGACGUCGAAGCGCCCUCUCUCCGUGAGCCCGAAGGACCACAUCACUAUGGUCGGGGCGGCGCGGCCAACGUCGCGGGUACUACCGAGGAGCAAGAGCGGAAGAGGAGCGAGGAAGCCAAGCGCGAGGAGGGCAAGGGCCUCGUGGACAAAGGCAAGGAGCUACUUUCCAAGCUGGGCGGAAAGAAAUAG